AUGGAAUUUGCUCGUUCCCAGGAGGAGGUCUCAGCAGUCCUGAUCAACCAAGGCCGUUCUGGUGAUGCUCUCACUGCCAUCAAUGAGGGUCUGCUUGCCAUCGCUAAACUGACCAAGCCUCUCGUCGUCAUUCGCGAUCGUCUCAAGAAUCUCAGUACCAAAGGCCGCACCGUGAUCACAGACGGCCUUCAGCAGGCAGGCCUCGAUCGGGAGAUUGAGACAUGGGAUACUACCGUAACCGAAUGGACUGUACGUAUGGCCAUGCCUACUUGGAAAGUUUGA